AUGAAAUCCCAAAAAUUCAGUGUCGACGGACUGUUUGAUGAUCUGCUGAUGGAGGUGCUUGUGCGGCUUCCGGUGAAGCAAUUAAUUGGAUGCAAAUCAGUGUCCAAAACCUGGCUCUCGGUAAUUACAAGCCCUACUUUCAUUAAAGCUCAUCUCCAUCGAUCAAUCACAGACAAAGGAGAUGAUGAAACUCUAAUUACACAACUUUUUGUUCCAAAAGAAGAUGAAGAAGAAGAUGGCGUCGAUUACUACGGCCCAUUUGGACUCGUCAAGCUUCGUGCUGAGGAAGUUGUGGUCGAUCUCAACUAUCCUUAUUCUCAAGGUGAGUUUUCUUUCCAGCCUCAAGAAGCUGUUUUGGUAGCUUCUGAUUGUGGCAUCGCUUGUGUUUCGAUUUUUGUCAGAACCCCUCAUGAUGAAGGUUAUGAUCAAUUUGUAUUCGAAAAUAAGGUUUAUCUUUGGAACCCUGCCACCAAACAAUCUAAACUCAUUCCGUUACAUGAACAUGAUGGUUUUAGAAGGUGUGUUUUUGGCUUUGGCGUUGAUACUAUGGACUUAGAUUGUAAAAUUGUAAGUGUGGCCUCUCAUUGCACGCCUUUUAGCACAAUUGUCAAUUCUUCCGUCUAUUCUGCAAACAGCAAUUCUUGGCGAAAGAUUGAGGUUGAACCCACUGAUGUUCCAAAAAAGGAGAAGUUCGAUCUAUGCCUCCACGGUUUUAUUCUAUGCAUAGGCUAUAAAGGUUUGAUGGCUUUCAACCUUGAGGCGGAGGCGUUUGUUUGUGGAGUCGAGCUCCCUGUCCAUGGUGAUGGUAAAUCUACCAUCACAGAUGACCUUAACAAUAUUCAAGGUGUUAUCAUCGAAUUCCAUGACUCUAUUGCGGUGAUGACUAUUUCUAACUACGACCAACCGAGUAAUAGAUACUUUAACUUGUGGACAUUAGAUGAUGAAGCAUGUCUUCGUGGUGAUGAAAUUGAGGCAUCAUGGACUAAGAUGCUUAGUAUUGAUGUGGGUCUACCAAUACGUUCUGUACUCGGCUACUAUAACCGUCGUGAUUUUAUGCUAGAAGAUGAAUCGGGUGAAUGGUUUUUGUACAAAUCUGACGAGGAGAAUUACAGAAUUGCCCCAAUCUAUAUGGAUCCACAUCAAGUUUUCAAGUAUGUUGAGAGCCUAAUUCCGAUUCCUGGAUCCAGACAAGUCAGGACCGAUCGUGAAGAAGAUAAUUAG